AUGAACGGCACUCACUGCCACGGGAAUGGCAUUCGCAAGAUCAAGUCGGAAGGCAGCAUUUGUGUCAUUCGAAUGCUCAUAUCCUUUGACGAUCGAGCGGUAAGUAAGAGGGAUGUCGAGUCGGCGCUGGUGAAUAGUCUCUCCCACUCUAUGGGCGCCCCUACCCCUGCAAACGAGCGUAAUCAAUCCACCUCGCGCCGACACUCCUUCGGCAUGCACCUCCUCCUCGGUGCCUUGAAACGACACAGAUCCUCUAUUGGACCCAUUCACGAGAAAUUCCUUGAACACCACAAUCACGGCCACUAUCAACACUCCACGCACAAGACGGAAGAGUUCUCAGGUCAUGUGGCUCUUACUACCCAUCACACGGGAUUACUUCUUGGUCUACCCAGUCCCGUAAAACCUGUCAAGAGUGUACACUUUUUGGUGGGGAAACAGGAGGACUAUGAUACCACGAACCACAACCAAGGAAGGGGGCGGAGUCGAUUAUUUACGCGUCAUAGUAUCAAUACUACCUCAAAAGCGCAUGUAGUGGAGGCAGUAAAAGCAUCCGAGGAUGAUGAUAUUAUGGAUUUUCCUUUGCGAAGAUCGAUUUCCCUUGGAAGGUUCAUGGAAGAUCAGAAUAAGUGCAUGGAUGUAGUGUUCCAGCACUCUGAUUGCAAUCACUUGGAGGUCUUCGGGUCGGGGAGCAGGCAUGCCCUUGGGAGAAAAAUCCGUCGAGUGGCGAAGGGCUUCAAUCUCAAUGAUAUGCACUGGAUUUCAAAGCGACACUCAACCUCCAGUGGAGUUAGCCUGAAAUCUGCCUCAAGCUACGAGGCAACGGUCAGCGGUGGGGUGACUCUCACAUCGUCUUCGUUGAGGAUUCAAACGGAUGCACGCUGUCAUAAGGUCCAACUUGCUCGAUUUGUCACGAUUUCUGAUCACGUUCUUCUGCUUGAAUUGCAGGAAGUAACACCUUUACGAUCUCUGGCUCCUGCAAAUUUACCCAACUCUACUGACCCCAAAUCGCACCACGUGGGCCGAUUUGUGGUGCUCAAGGCCACUGUCUCCAAUACCAACGAAGAGGGACCCUUACUAGACGAUACAAGGAUGGAAAACGAGUCAAAUAGCAUAGCAGGCCCUCCUGAGAAUCACUAUUGGACUGUAAGUGGCGGCAAGGGCGUUCUCCUCACUGCACCUGGAGCUCGUCGUUUUGAUGUCAGUCGGCCGACUAGCAGCGGACCCAAUCGCCCUAUGCACUCCCGCUUCCGCCAGUUCUUCGUGGAGAACCUUCGUUCCUCCCGUCUGCGGACCCACUCUGAACAGCAGCAAAACCAUCACCAGGGUGGCAGCAGCAGCAGCAGUCGCGGCGCCUAUCCGCUAGGUGAGUCACCAAACAAGCUAAAGCCACCGAUGGUCAAAUUGGGCGCCGGAUUGCCACCCCACGCACACACCAUCACGGCGGGGACGAGCUCAGCGGUAGCGAGAGCCCUUCUCCAAAACACGCGGCGGGCAAAGGACGAUGGAUCUAUAGGAGUGGGUGAGAUGAGCCCAGGCACCUCAGGGAUGUCUUCUUCACCCAUGAAUAGACAAUGUUAUCCCUCGAUCUCUCUUACCUCCGUCAAUGACAGUGAUGGUAUGGGCUCCUUCCCGGCUUCAAAGAAACGCCUUAAAUCAACGCAUAAAAUGGUGCGGAAAUUGUUGAAACUAUCACCAGGGCAAAAGAAACAGGGUUAUGAGGCUGGAGAACUGCCUGAUCCUUCAAAACUGCCGAGGGAGCUCCCUCAGAGUUCACUGGAAUUUACACAAUCUCGACUUAAGAAUGUCCCACGAAGGAGUGUACCCUCCAACUAUUACGGGCGGAAGGGCAAAACGGGGCCUCAACUUGACAUAAUUCCGCGCGUUCUCCCCCAGGGCGGAGCCAAGUCGGAGGAACUCUUGCUCAGUGCCUUUUCAAGGUCACUCUCUGGCAGCAGUAGUCAUGGAAGCAGCCACCACAGCUACGGCCAUCAUCACAGACACCACAAUCACCAUCGUGGUCACCAUAGUCACGAUAGGUGCGCUGUCAGUCCCAUGACGCUAACGAGAGUCACGGAGAAUAGGCGCUACCUGAUGUUCACCAAGGCCUCGCCAUUCAGAUCACCAUACGAAUUCCUCCAAACUCGUGGCAAGGGACUAAAUGAAUCUGAGGUCUACACGGUGCUCUUUCGGCAUACUACGUGCUACGAAUUGAUGCCGGAGAGCGCAAAGUUGGUCACCUUGGACAGCAUGCUUCCGGUGGGGAAGGCGUUUCGGGCACUCUGCGUGAACGGUAUUCGAGCUGCGCCGGUGUGGGAUUCAGAGACGCAGACGUUCUCGGGAGUCCUCACCAUAAAUGACUUCCUCGAAAUGCUCACCUACACAUGGCGACGCCAGAUUUGUAACUCUACCGGAGAGGGUGAAAAACUUGCAGCCGAGGACUUGGAAUCAACUUCUAUCAAAAAGUGGAAAGAAGUUCGUGCCUGCACAAGGAAUCGGAAAUCCUCUGGCCUGGACCAGCACGACACUAUUCAUGAAGAGGAUGAGGAGGUUGAGGAAGAGCAUGGGGAGGAUGAAGGGAAAGAUGAUGGAAGCUGCUCAAGCGGUGGUAGUAGUUGUAGUAGCAGCAGUGCCAGCGAUACUGCCGAUGACGACGGCGAAGACUCCAACUCGGUUGCAUCAGCACCUUCUCAGUUAGGAGAAUCGAAUCACACUCGAAUUAACCCACAUCCUCACUCCAAUCAUCACCAUCAAGAGCACAAGCAGCAAUCGGCGCGAGGCUGUGAGUGUCGCCGCAUGGGAGGCAAGUGCAGCGUGCGUCUAAAGUACCACCGGAUGGGCGGCCUAACCAUUAUCAAUCCCGAAGAAUCACUCUAUUCUGCACUACGUCUCCUCGCUCAUUGCAAAAUACACCGCUUGCCUGUCUUCGACGAUCCAGUCGGAGGAACCGGCAACCCCCUUUUCGUGCUCACUCACCGAUCUCUCCUUGCCUACCUUUAUAAGAAACAGAUCGAUCUGCCCAGACCCAAAUAUCUUCAGGCGCCUCUGAAGGAGGCACGAGUGGGCACGUAUGAGAACCUAGCACUGGUGCUGCCCUCCACAAAGUUGGUUGAUGCACUGGCAUUCUUCGAGGAUGAGCGCGUCUCCGUACUACCCGUUGUCGACUCCUUGAUAAACCGUCGUCUCGUUGACAUCUUUGCCAAAUUUGACGUUAUCACACUUAUUCUGGCUGGAAAGCACAAAAAACCUGACAUGACCGUUCAAGACGUUUUGGAUAUCUGUAAGCAAAUCCAUCGUGGUGUCAUACCCAUCCCAGAAGGGCAGAACAAGUUCGAUGUGGAGAUUUGCCGUACAACGGAUACCAUCCAGUUUGCUUUGAACAAAUUGAUGCGGACUGGGUACCAUCGACUGAUAAUCGUGGACAACCAAGUGAACUGUCGGGUUGAGGGUGUAGUAAGCAUCUCAGAUCUGCUCUACUACAUGGUCCUGCGUCCAUCACCUCGCGGCUCCGCGAUACCCUCACAGACUGGCGCCAUUGCUAAAAAAACGGAGGAGGCCUUGACGGAGACGGGCACGAGGUCGACAGAAGCGGCACAGGAUGACACAGCGCCUGACUGGCUUUUUUACUCUGAACAGGAUCCCAACGCACUACGUCGGAAGCCCUGCGUUCCUCUGGUGAAAGACCUGCCAAAUUCCACCUCUAGUCUUAACGGAAAGGGGGAGACAACAGCGCAGAAGCAGGAGCGCCAUCGAUUACGUAUGACUUCAGGAAGCUCUGUGACUACUGUCACUACCAGUACUGCUUCCUCCCGCUCUUCGUCCACUGCAUCAUCCUCUGCUUCCUCAUCUUCUACGUCGUCUACAGCCUCUAGCACGGACUACUCCUCUUCCUCCUCCUCCACUUCGACAUCUUCUAUUGAAAAGGGCUCCUCCAGAUCGCAUUCCAUCUCACCGAGGGCCACUUCCACUGCUGCCAAAACAACGACAAGAGGAACGACGACACCCAGAGACGCACGGAGAGCACCGGUCGAUCGUCGUAGAAGCGGAGGGAAAACAAAGACGAAGACGCUUAGCUCCUGA